CAGAUACCUGACACGCUGUCGCAACAGUUGGUCCUGCAUGGUGAAUCUGUUAAGACUGCUGUCACUUGAGCAAGUCAGACCUGCUGUGUAGAGGAUGGGGAUAGAAGCAGAGAAGGUGAUGGUGUGUCUUCUGAUUAUUUCCCUGCUCUGGUCUGUGUGUGAAGUACGGUCAAGUGACAUCUAUCAGGCUGCUCUUUUCCAAGCAGUGGAGCUAGGACGCUCAGUUACUAUUACAUGUCACAUCAAUACUGCUGGAAGAAUUAGGGUAUGGUACAAACUAAACACAGGGGGGAGACUACAGCUGGUGGCUUCAACAGAUACUUUAUAUAAUCUGACAACAUUUAAUGAGCAAUCAAAUCAUCAUUCAGUGACAUCCCACAGCAUUAGCAGCCACCUGACCAUAUCUACAACAAUGUGGAGAGACACUGGCACAUACUACUGUGGAGUGAUGAACUUAAACUACAUUCAGUUUGGACAAGGAACAUAUUUGAUGAUAAAAGGUGCAAAGAUGAUCAGCGACUCUGUCGUCCAGCAGCCUCAGUCUCAGUCAGUCCAGCCAGGAGACUCUGUGACUCUCAGCUGUUCUGUUCUCACUGGCCACUGUGCAGCAGAACACGUUAGUGUCAUGUGGCUGAAAACCUCAGAUCAUUCUGCUCCAGAAAUGAUUUACUCCUCUGGAAAUAAGAACGACAUCUGCCAGAGGACUGAGAGCGGAGAAACUACCUGUGUGUCCAACCUUCUCAUGAGGAACCUCAGCUCUGAUGAUGCUGGAGCCUACUGCUGUGUUGUGACUUUGUGUGGACAGAUACUGUUUGGAAAUGGGACCAGGAUUAAUAUUCACAACGUUGCCUUCACCAAAUCAGUUGAUCUGAGUCCAACUGUUAUUGCGCUGAUACUGUCAAACACUGUUGUUGGGAUGGUGACACUUCUGCUUGUAUGGACACUUUGUAAGAACCACAGGAAAGAUCCCACAACAGCGAGUGAUAGAUCUACUGAAGACAGCCAGAACGCAGUUGUCUAUGCAGCAGUGUGUUCAGAACCCAGACGCUCCUCCUGCAGACCAGCUUCACCAAAAUACAGUCAAGACACAGUAGUUUAUUCAGAUGUCAGGUCAACAAAACUGACAGACACAUAAAUAAAGAUACCUGGAUAUAUACAGCAAGCACCUGCACGGACAACCUAUGAGUGACCAGCAAUCACUUUGCUUUUAUUGGUAUUCGCUUCCAAUUUUACAACUGGAAAAAUAUAAUGGCUUUUGGCACCGUGGUCUGAUGUUAUGUUUUCAAGAAGUGUUGAAUAAAAAUGAGGUUGGAAAGAGAUUAUUUAGUAUUUUUGAGCUUUAAAAUGCUUUUUUAAAUAAAUAAUUCAAAUGCAUGAAUAAAGCCAAUAACUGGAAUCCU